AGCUAUGGGAAGUUUCAACACCAGUUCUGGAGAGAGCUUCAUUUUGGUGGGCUUCUCAGAUUGGCCUCAACUGGAGAUCCUCCUUUUUGUCUUUAUUUUGAUUUUCUACUCCCUAACUCUCUUGGGCAACACCACCAUCAUCAUUCUCUCCCGAAUAGACCUUCGACUGCACACGCCCAUGUAUUUCUUUCUCUCUCACCUCUCCUUCCUGGACCUUUGCUUUACCACCAGCACUGUGCCUCAGCUUCUAAUCAACCUUCAGGGACUGGACCGGACCAUCAGCUAUGGAGGGUGUGUGGCCCAGCUCUUUAUCUACCUUGCCUUGGGCUCCACUGAAUGUGUGCUCCUGGUGGUGAUGGCCAUUGAUCGCUAUGCAGCUGUGUGUCGUCCACUCCACUACACAACCAUCAUGCACCCCCUUCUCUGCCAGGCAUUAGCUAUCACAUCCUGGGUAGGAGGAUUCAUGAACUCUCUGAUUCAGACAGGCCUCAUGAUGGCCAUACCUCUCUGUGGCCAUCGACUGAACCACUUCUUCUGUGAGAUGCCUGUAUUCCUGAAGUUGGCUUGUGAGGACACAGGAGGCACAGAGGCCAAGAUGUUUGUGGCCCGAGUCAUAAUCUUGGUUGUACCUGCGGCACUGAUUCUAGUCUCCUAUGUGUACAUUGCUAAGGCAGUACUGAAGGUCAAAUCAAUGGCUGGGCGCAGAAAGGCUUUUGGAACAUGUGGGUCCCACCUGCUGGUUGUUUUCCUCUUCUAUGGCUCAGCCAUUUACACAUACCUCCAACCUAUCCACAGUUAUUCUGAGAAGGAGGGAAAAUUUGUUGCCCUUUUUUACACUAUAGUCACUCCCAUUCUCAAUCCUCUAAUUUAUACCCUAAGAAACAAGGAUGUGAAGGGAGCUCUGUGGAAAGUACUAAGAAGAAGCAGAGACUCAGGUUAAGAUGGGAAAAGAGAAUGACUAAAAUUUUAAGUAAUAACUCUCAGACCAUGGAUCCUCUCUUGUUCCUUGGAAGACUGAUGAUCAUGCACAGUCCUCUGUAAUAUCUGUGGAUUUAGUGCCUUCUUGGCUUGAAUGUUAGACAUAGGGACCUUUGGGGACUCUUUCUAGUUCAUUUCCUGUGACUACUGUGCAGCUAGGAGUAAGUGUUGACUUCUAUCACAACUUUCCAAAGGAAUGAGGCUGGGAAAUGGGGAUAUUGUGGUCACAUAUGGUGAAUGGGCCUGAAUUCUCAUAAUAUCUGAGCAUUAUAGAAGACUUAAUGCAGAAUGAAAACACCUUUUCCAAAGUUAAUGAUUCCCAAUGUGGUGUCAUGUAGAUGACACUGUGCCCAAAGGCAUAGGAGAUGUGUUCACCCUUAUUUUCUAAUUAGCUAUGACAUUGUCAUAUAUCCUUAUUUUUCAGGGCUGAUUUCUAUGUUCUUAUACAAUGGUUACUCUUCCAAGAUAUUUGGAGCAAACAAGGAGAUCACAAACAGAUGUACUUACAUAUAGAGUCUCAGAUAUGAUGACAUUUACCUACUUGAAAAAAAUGGCAGAAUAAUUAGGGGGAUCCUGAAUAAAAGAAGACAUCAACACCUCAUCAGCUGCAUUGGUUAUGCUAUGGUGUCAUAAAUUAAAUACUGUCCAUGUAAGACAGAAAAGAAUAUUUAAGAAGUUAGCAUAAAACAAUGAACCAUGAGAAAGUGACAUAAAAAGAAGAAUAAAAGGGAAUAUCAUAAAUAUAAAAGUGAACAGAGAAGGAGGAGUUCUCUGGUAGGGAAUAGUAGAAGUUUUUAGAAAUUUUGAACAAAAAGUACAGACAGUAAUAACUUGAAAUUCUAUCACUAUCAAUCAUCCUAUGAACUUUUGUGUAACUAGCCCUAAGUAUGAAGGCAUAUUGAAGUUAGACUGUUGUAUCCUAAGUCUGAUUUAUCCAAAGUUUUCAUAUUUUUUAUUUAUUAGCUGAAGUCACUGAAUAACAAUUUGU